CGAGCAGCUGGUCCAGAGGACGGAGGAGGAAGCAGCGAGUGGAGCCCAGGAGGAGGCUGCCUCUGCUGGGCAGCAGCUGGAAGGAUGUCUGGAGGAGACGGAGGGACGGAGCAGCACCGACGCUGCUGACAAACGGAGGAAGCAGCCGAUGGGACCUGAAGCCAAGAGGCUUCGUCCUCAGUCUCCUUGUAGCGCCGCCGACUUCACGCUGCCUCCCUUCAGCCCCAGCAGCCCCCUCGGUCAGGAGUUUGUGGUUCCGAAAUCCGGAUUUUACUGUCAGCUGUGUUCUGUUUUCUACCUGAACGAGAUCAGCGCCAAGAAGCUGCACUGCAGCAGCCAGAGACACUACGACAGCCUGCAGAAACAUUACCAGAAGCUUCAACAGAAACCUUCCAGCGCGCCCACAACCGACCCCCCGAAGCUCUAGUUCUGAUCCACCGACUGUAACCGCUGAAUGCUUUUUAUUUAGAUGUGAAAAAGGUGAAGCUGGACGAGAGAAACGUCAGAAACCCGAACAAACGGACGUGAGAUGCUGAAAUUUAAAGAACAGCUGAGAUGUGGAAACAAACUUCAGGAAACAGACUUGAACUGAAUGAAUGUUAAAAACUGCAGCGACGAGGAAACGUCCCUCGAAAAACCACAAACUGAACGUCGUGUUUCCGUCAGCUUCACUUGACGUUUGAUCCAUUUAACGCCGUCGGCAAGUUUCUGAUUUCCUGGAAGUUUGUUUUGAAUUUGAGCGGAGGAACGCCGGGGCUGAUGGGAAACGUAGUCGCUCUGCUCUCCCUGACUUCAGACUUUUGAACAACUCUACGUAUUUCUGCUGAGAUGUUGAAGGUCGAGCUGUGAAUGGUGUUUUUGAAGCUGCACAAAUGAAACGUAGAAUUUAAGACGCUCAGACGCUUUGUUAGCCGCCAUGCUAGCGCUGAGGCUAACACACAUCAGCCUGAGUUAGAAACAGUCAAACUGUUACAGUCCACAGAAACGUUGUUUUUACCUUUGGAGAGACAAGUUCAUGUGAAAAAUACUUUCAUUUAGUGUAACAAUGGAAACUAAUCAUGGAAAUGACGUUUUUGAGUUGACUGUAAAGUCCAGGAGGCAAAAGAGACGUUUCUCCUGCACAGUUUUGCGUCUAAUCGUGUGUUUAUUACCAUGAACUCUUCACUCUUUCUGUGAAUUCACUCUCCGCGCUCAGAAUCUACUCAUUACUUUAGUUCUUUACAGGCGUAAUAAAAUCACAAAUCUGACGGACUGAACUGUAGAAACUCGUCACUUCUUUGAAUCGGGGUCCAAAAUGUUGAAUCGUCUGUUUCUGUCAAACAUCCAAUAAAACCCCAGUGUGUUUUCACGA